AUGGGCCUCGGAGAACUAUUCGGUACAGCAGUUCGCGACAAGAGGUUCCAAUCAGCUGCUCUAGAGGUUGCAAGCACCUGCGCCUCGGCGUCGCCCGUCAUCAAGAUCGUUCAGGCCGCCAACAAGCUCGCCAAGGUUGGAGAUGUUGUUGGCCAUGCCAAUGACUUCUUUUCGGGCGCGUCCCAGACCGUGAAAACGGCCCAGGUGAUCCUCCCGCAGAUGCACAUCUUGGGUCAGUCCCUCGUCGACAGCGCCAAGCUCUUUCACCAGUUUUCCAUUGUCGCCACCACGUUGAGCGCGGGGGCAAACAUCAUCCAGACAUACCAAGGCAUCCAGGCCUUGAACCUUAUCGCUGCUAAGCUGGGCAACAUCUCGGAUACUCUGCAGGCCCAGGCUGCUCUUACAGCACAGCGAGACUUUCCACAAUAUGUUUUCGACAUGAUAAGAGAGCGACUCAGCCAAACCAGCGUCGACCAAGACCGAGAGCAUUGGUUCUUUCUCUGGCAUCCCGACACCGAUUGGUAUCCCAAGUUCUUCCACCUUAUCGAAGAGAAGAAGCUCAGCCCGAGGUUCUGCGGAUACACCAACCAGCUCGACACCGUUUUCAUGUUCAUGCUCGCCGCUCGAGAGCGCAUCACGAAACGAGAAAUGGUCAAGGCACGAAGACGACAGCACUGCAAACCCGUGCAGCUGCACCUCAUCAUUCCAGCCUACCAAACGAUUCUGAUCCCUGAUCGCAUCAAGAUCCCCGAGGAGAUUGGUGAUUUCGUUAUCGAAGGCCGAAUCAACAGCAACAGACCCUUCGUGUGGCUGAAUCUCCCCGACGACCAGCAGCACUUCACCUUCGACGUCGGCAUGUGGAGUCCCCCGGAGUCAAGUCUGUUCGAGAAAGCACUGGAGUGGAUGGGCUUGUCGGGCAAGCUCCAGAUCUCUGAUACUCCACGAGUGCUUGGCCUUGGAGAGACGAUCGAGAUGAAUAUGAUCGAGGAUGAGAAGCCCGGAAUGACGAUUGAGGAAAUUACAAAUGGCCCAUCGACGGAUAUGAUCAAACGAGCUGCCACCGAAUCACAAAUGGAUCUCGUGGUCAACAAACACCAGUCGAUCCCAAUGCAUGAAGGUCGCAAACGUCGCUGGCGCCGACGAGGCAGUCGCUAA